AUGGAUUGGGACCGCAGAAGCAUAUUGCCAGAUUUGACGACCGAAGAGGUGAAAGUUAUCGUCCAGCGGAGAGAAAUAACCGUUCUCCUUCUCGUGGAUAUGAUGUCCGUCACCGGCGUUCACCACCACGAACUCGGAGCCCUCCUCGACAACGAGCCGACACAUGGGUACCGUCAUCGAGCAGAGGGUAUGGGCGUCCACGAAGUCGGUCCCCAUUACCAUAUCGGCGCCGCUCACGUACUCCUCCCGCGACAAGGAAUUUUGGUCCCACACCCUAUGAAAGAAGGCGAUCUCCACCAAGAAGGUUCUCGCCCAGAAGAGAUGAUAGGAUCAGAUCACCGCCACCGUCCCAAAACUGGCGCUCUAAGUCGCCAUACAGUGAUAAUAGGUCACGGGAUGCGUCCGGUGCUCGCAACAGCGACAGGCGGGCACCUGACACGACUUCUGGGAACCAAGUCUUCCGACCCAUAA